CCAGCUCCGAUCAUGUGACAGUUAAGCGAACUACCAGUCCUCUGGAGAGAGACUGACAGUGUGUGUACGCGGGCGUGUGUGUGUUAGAGAGAGAGAGAGAGAGAGAGAGAGAGUGGAGGCAUACAGUUAUGCAAAGACCGUGUCGUGGGGUUAUAUUGCCAUUACGCACUAUUACGCACUGACAGCUACUUUGAAGCGAGGAGCUCUCAGCGCAGAGGAGCGGGAUUUUGGAUUCAUGUAAAGGAAGAAGAAAAAAGUUUUCAUUAACAUUCAGCCGAUCUCCAGCAGAACAGCUUGAUCUUCAGAGCAGACCAGAGUCAACUGCCAUCCAUCCGCACAGGAAUGGUGGAUCACUUGCCACUUGGUGAGGAGACCUUCCUGUAUUAUACCGGCUCCCCGGGGUCUGACUACAACUGCCUCUGUCGCCACGCCAGUGGUGGCGUGUCGCCAAGCAUCAUGGUAACUGAUGCAUGCAUCUACCACCACCAUCACCCCUACCAAGGGGUGACGGUCUCCACCUCACCUCGCCUCUCUGAGGAUGACCUCAGUGACUCCUCAAGCCCUCGUUCCUCCCUCUGCUCCAGCCCUGAGUCCUCAUCACCAUCCUCGCGGCACUUUUUCGGCUCCAGCUACGAAAGCAGGAGCUGCAGGAGCAGUGGCAGCUGUGGCUCCUCAUCAGGAGGAGAGAGUCAGGACAGCCUGCUGGACCUGCUGCUCUCACAGACCUCCCUUACCACCUCAUUAAGCUCUAAUGCCGGCAGCAGCUCUCACUCUUCUCCUCUUUCUUCGGCUCUAUGCCUCUCCUCCCCAACCUUCUCUUCCUCCUCGUCUCUCGCCCCCCCUCUUUUACCCAUGGGCCUUGCCUGGGAGUCCAAGAGGGAGCAGCGGCUGAGUCUCCUCCAGCAGCAGACCAAAGAGGACUGUUACGAGUUCCCCGUCUUCCUUGAUGAGCUGCAGGAUCCUGCGGCGCUCCUCUUUCAGCCUACCCUGGAAGAGAUCGAGGAGUUCCUCGAGGAGAACAUGGUGGUGGCAGUGGAAAAAGAAGAGGAGGGGAGUGACGAGGCAAUGUCACCGACAUCAGAGGAUGCAGAGGCGGAGGGUUCAAGGACAUUAGCGGGAGAACUUGUAUCACAGAAUUCAGAUCAGACUGUUCCUGUGGCUCAUUCUCCGCUCUCUUCCUACACAGAGACCAAACAUUCACCAUGUGCAUCUGACAUGGACAGCUCACCAUCAACAGUGGAUGCUAGUUGUAUAACUAGUUCUAAUUUUUCAAGUAGUCGAGUUGAUGGGAUCAAACAGGAGGACUGUGGAUCAUCGCCAGCCUCAUCAGAAGGUACCAGUGCCACCUCCGGUGUGCCUGUCAUCCUACAAAUCCAGCCCAUACAGAUCAAGCAAGAACCGAACCCCAGUGCCAUAUCAGAUGCUGUCACCCAGCAAACCCAACCCCAGAAAACCCAAUCCCAGCCAAGCCAGGCCCCAUCGGAUAUCAAAAUUGCCCAGCUCCUGGUCAACAUCCAGGGGCAGACCUUUGCCUUGGUGCCUCAGCUGCUUUCCCCAGCAAACAUUAGUAGCUCAAGUAAAACUGGGAGCACUGCUUCAUCCAAAUUUGUCCGGAUUGCUCCGGUGCCCAUUGCCGCUAAACCCACUGGGCUUGGGGAAGGCGGGUUGGGUGGAGGUUCGGCUGCAGGGGUCCUCGCUGGUGGUCAGAGGUACCAGAAGAGUGCAGUAGCAGACCUUAUUAAAAUGCACAAGUGCUCUUUUCCCGGCUGUAAUAAGAUGUACACCAAGAGCAGCCACCUUAAAGCCCAUCUGAGGAGGCACACAGGGGAGAAGCCCUUUGCCUGCACAUGGCCCGGCUGUGGAUGGAGGUUCUCCCGGUCCGACGAGCUGUCCCGACACCGCCGCUCCCACUCGGGCGUGAAACCAUACCAGUGCAUCGUAUGCGAGAAGAAGUUUGCCCGCAGUGAUCACCUGUCGAAACACCUCAAAGUCCACCGCUUUCCACGAAGCAGCAGGACAGGACGCUCUGCAAACUGACCCCCCUGACCCACUCUGACGGACUGACGCUAAGCGGGGGUGUGGAGGGUAGAGGGGGGUGGUGUAUGUGUAUGUGUGUGUGAGAGAGGAAAGACGGGGGGAGAGUCCUAACACCCUUUAAAGGAGUCUGUACAGGACUCUUUAUGCUCUUGUGUGUUUAUGUUCAAAUAUGUACGCGUGACGUACGUUCAUGGUACUGUGAUAAUUUAUUGGGUGGUGAGGAAAAGACUGUAAAAACUAAACUAAAACAGAAAACUGUUACUUGACAUAACACCCUCACAGGUGGAAUAAGCUUCUUGUAUAUUACAACGUUUAUUUGUCUCACUCAAAUCUUUUAGCUACAGUAAUUUUGAAGAAAGAUUUGCCAAUCAGAGUAUUUUUAAACUCUGAGGUGUGUGUUAUUACUAAUGUUUGAGUCAAAAGCCUUAUAUCAACAAAGGCUGUGAUAAAUGGGGUAUGCUACUUUUUUCAAACCCCCAGAUUUCUCUUCCCUUCCUGGAGCCAAAUGUUGUUUAAAAGUGAUAUUAACAAAAACUCAUCGCUUACUAGCUUGAAUUUCAUUUGUUGCCCAGCAACAAGAGCCUACUGGACAUUGUAUUAGGAAGCAUUGGGAUCUACGGGGCGGUUUCACAAGUUCUCCACAGACAGCAGAGUAAAUGAUGCAUCAACAUUCCUUUAGCUUUGACUCGGUCGCUUUGUUGCCUUUGAGUCUCGUUACAGGAAAAAACACUGUAGUAACCUCAAACACAAGAACAAAGCUCAUGUUGAAUUACUGCUCACCAACAAAGAUCAAACAUUAUAAUAUGUAAUUUGCACUGGUGCAUAUGAAAUGUUUGGUUUCUGCCCAUACUGAGUAUUCUGAAUAUUGUGCGUAGCUCUGUGUCAUUUUUAUGAUCUUUUGGAUUAAAACAGACGAGGGUGCUACAUCCAGUGAUGAUCUGCUAAAUAACUCAAGCCAAGAUUGUUUUCUAGUUUUAUGCUGUUAUGUGAUGCCAUAUCAUGUGUUACUUUAUUUACUUCAUGUCAGUGCUGUCAACAAAACAUAAAAUAAUACAAAAUGGCAAGUUCACAUGGCAAAGACACACAAGGAAAGUCUGGUGUCACAGUGAGUCGGUCAUUUAUCAUCACGCUGAACAUCUUGAGCGCACAGAUCUUUUGCCUUUUCUCUUGCCAAAUCAAAUUUCUUUUUUUUUUCUUGUUCUCGCAGAAUUAUUUCAAUACAGAUGCAUUUUUACACUUUAUAUGAAAUGAAAGAACAAGAUUUACCUAUCAAAUUUAACUGGAUUUUUCUUUCAUACUUUAUUUGUUGAGACUGGAAGUGUGUGUCAUUAAAAAAAGCAAUGGCACUACAUUAGCACCAGCAGAGAAGAGUUAUAGCCACCACAAGCUACUGGUUAUAACAGACCGAAUAUUCCUUAUGAAUUAAACUUCUCAUUUGCAAGAGAAUUGAUUUGUUAUAUCGUCUUUCAAAAGUAACAGACUGGCCUUACAUAUAUGGAAUAUUUUGCACCUACCUUAAAGGGGAAUCAAGUGAAAUAUGGCUGAAUUUGUUCCCCCUGAAGCUAGUUCUCUAGCAAAAAUCAAGUUGCAAUAUAUUUCAUUAUAUGAAAAAAUGAAAUUAAAUGAUUUACAUCUAAAAUUUAACUGGAAUUGUAAGCAUCAUUACAGCAUCGAAUAACCAAAUAACCAGUUCACAGGGAAUCUUUAUGAAUCCCUUUCAUUUUCUUUGGUCUUAGCCCAACAUGUCAAGGUUCAAAGGUUAAUAGAAAAUUGAAAAGCAGUCUCUCCCUGGUCUGUGAAAAACCUGUCCAAACAUGGGAUACCUUUGUCUUGUACUGUAAGGGAACAGUGACUGUUUUGUUUUUUUGGUCAUAUUACAUUUUUAUGUAUAGAUUACCUUAUUUUGUGUUGCUCUGCAUCUCAGUUGAAUUAAACCAAACGAGUCAUGGGAGGGACAUAAAAUGCCUGCUGCACAGAGUUCAGAGAGGGUUUCCUGUGUCAUAAGGUCGAGGAUCAGUUGACGGCAUUCAGUACUGAAAUGGUUUGAGGGAAGGAUGUUAAAAUUUGAACUGGUUUUUAGAAAUAUUUGAUAUGCUGAAACCUACAAUGCCAAACCCUUCGAGUGUUUGGUUCACAGCACCUGAUGCUGUAUGGAGGAAGUGUAUUAACUCUGUCAAGCAUUCCUUCCAUACAAUCAAAAGAAACACUUUUCUGAAUGGGUGACACGUGUGAGCCCAUGAAUGUAUGUAAAUACUGUAUAUGCAUCUGAACGGAGAACUGAAAUAUUCUUCUAGUGAUUUCUGCGAUUGUGAAAGAUUUUUAAGAAAAUGUAAAGCAAGUGUACAUAACAUGAUAAUUCAAAUAUAUAGUGAAAAAAACGUAGCAUCUUUUUUUGUCAGGUGUUUACAUGACACAUUAUUAAAAAGGCUGAUGAACUCUUUCAUGGUACAUCCACUGAUUAGCAUUUUAAAAAAAGACCUAUUUUCAAAAUGACAGUUUCUUGACUUGCACUCAUUUUAACAAAGCCAUGUAGAAUAUUGUAUUAUGAAACAUGCGAUAAGUCAUUUUCAAAUGUGUUCUGUAAACGCUCUACGCAAAAAGAACUGCUAAAAAUGUUAUAUUUUUGCUUUUGUUCUACUACGUAAAACACAUUUACAAUAAAAAAUCCCAAAGA